AUGCCUUCCAAGCCUCAAUUCGCCCUUGGCGACCAGAACGCCGGUAUUUUCGCAGAGAUCUGUCAGAAAAACGGCAUGACCCACUGUUGGCUUCAGUGGAAGUUCGAGAUAGCCGUCCUCAGCGACGCCACCUCACCUUUCACGAUCGACACCAAGAGCGACGCGCUGUGCGGUCUCAAGGAUGGGGUCAGCAAGGUCAUCUUUACCAUCGACUUUGACCAGAACAAUCCCAAUGUGAUCAAUUACAUCAAGUUCAGCGAGUUCUACAACAAGUCCGUCAAGAAGCAUUUCAUCGUGACCCAGACAUCGGUCGAUCACGUCCAGGAGGAUACUGCAUGUAAACUGUGGCUCCAGUUGCCCCCCAACGCGCUUCACGAGGACAUCAGCGCUGUGGUGAAUUUGUGGAGGGUCCAAAUUUGCUGCGACGAGUGGAAGGACUUCCUCCCUGCCAACCCGGCCACCCAGCUCGAGAAGUCGCACCGCGUGGUCUCGGAGGGCAACGCCCAGUGGCUGAAGAAGCAGCUCAUACGGAGAGAGGGCUUACUCGCGCACAACAAUGCGGAGCUGGCUGCGAGGAACAAGGACAUUGAGAGCCUCACUACUCAGAUCAGCGAGCUGAGCAUGCAGCUGGCCGACGCUGAGAAGAAGUUGGAGGACAGCCAGUCGCUCAGCCUCGCCACGCCUAGAAAGCGCAAGUUGCUGACUCCGAAGAGCCGUGCUCGCAAGACGCCUAGGACUGCACGGACUGCACCUGAGAAAUCGUUCGCCACAGGCCCUGUUGGUAGGGCUGAGCAAUUUGAGACUCCUACCAAGGAACCCAAGUUUCAAGUUGUUCUGAAGGGCGUGCAGCCUGAUGACCCUUUUGUCGACUGA